AAAAUUUACUACCAGUCAGGCAUCCAACGCCAUAAAGCCCGUAUUUCCCCCACUUUUCUACUAUUCCCCCAUCUCCCCACCUCUUUCCACGAGAUGAAAUGAGAAAAGAAAAUAUAGUAGUAGUAAACAAACGGUCGGCAAGUCGGACAUUACUCCCACCGUCCUCCGCCGCCGCCGUUUGCCCAGCCUGGUCCAGCCCAGCUACCAUCCGUGCCCAACCCUCCCCCUCCUUCCUUUCCCAGAAGACCGAAGAUAACAUGAAUCAUAAAUUCCUACGAGUAAAGCACAAGCGAAACGUGCGUACGUACAUUCGUAUCCCAACACCUCCAUUCCUCUCUCCGCUACUGUUUCUACUCCUACCCAAAAAGGAGUUAGUAGGUACACGUAAAGGGAUAGUAUCGGCACAAAGCAGACGUAAGGUAUGUCCUGCCCCCAACCCCAACCCCGGCGCAGAUCGCUGCGGUUUUGCCCGCCCCGCGGGCUAGCCGAGGCUGUGCGCAUGGGUUUGGGCGUGUUGGUGAACGGAGUACCGGCGGCGCAUUUCGGGUGGUGUCCGAAUGGGCCGUUGUUUGGAAGUGCGGAGAAGAGCAAGACCAAGACCAAGGCAAGGGCGUUGGUAGGUCACGUAUUACACAGCUUUUUUCAUAUAUACCCUCAUUGUAAGGGUAUAUGGGUUAUCAAGUGGGAUGGUAAGGAUGGUAAGUGUACACGAUGGCAUACCAGUGCAUGGGUAAACGGGUAUAUACGGUGAUCGACUCCGGGAUAUACCUGUUACAGGAUGAUGGGUACGCAGGGGAAUGAAUCGUGAACUGUGUUGAUCGGUGGAACCCUCGUUUUUUCUUGCUCUCUUUGUAAAGAAUUGGGGGAGAGUGUGCUACGGGUGGAGGGGGGGCGAAAGUAUCUUGGUUAUGUAGCAUGCAUGACACCACGAAGACGUUGGGUGAGACGUUUUUUGGGAGUACAGCCGCUUUCA